AUGGCUCAGCGAUUAGAGAAGAUGGAACGUCUAAUAUCAGACUUUGCUCUGGAGCCGAAGAGCAUUACUGAUAGUACUUCGCCUCGUUCGGUCUCUGAAGGCAGCCCAUCCGGCGGCUCGCCCAAAGACAAGCUCUCGAAAAUGAGCCCAACAGACAUUCUAGAGUCGAUAGAAAGACCCGAGUGUGGAUGGAAAACCACCGCUGGGGAAAGUGAAUCUCCAGAGGAAACGACUCCAAGAGAGCCUUAUAGAGGGGACCGAUUGAUGCCUCAUCUACUGGAUGCAGAAGAUGGGGGUUAUAAUGGGAUGUCUAUAUUCUCGCGUUCGGGCGCUCAACACGUGAAUCAUAUAAUAGGCGAUGAAAGCUUCAGUCAGAUGCUCUCCACUUGGAAGCCUAUGAAGAAAAUCCGACAAGCGGAUUUUGAUACCUCUGUUUGUUUGCCCCGCCGUGUACCCGGCUAUCACAUCAAUCUUCAGCUGAUCUUAUCUUUCUGUGCAGAAUUUUUCGGCACUAUAAACGUUGAUAUAACGGUAUUCCAAGAGGAUACUAUCCUAAACGGAGUACAAGCGUACUCGAAUAGAGCUUCCCACCCUGGAACCGCCCAUUACGCUGCAGUCAACAUGAUCUUGGCUCACACUUCUCGCGCGAGGCCUGAAAUCGCGAGGCUAAUAGGAGCCGGGAACUCUGAUAACUAUCUCUAUAAUGCAAUGAGUGUCAUGCCCAGUCUUUUGCUGCAACAGCCAAAUGAGUUGAGUAUAGGCGCGCUGUUAUCCAUGGCCAUGUAUUUCCUGUUUUACUUUGAAAAUGAAAUUGCUGUGAGCAUCCUGGGCUCCGUCAUGCAGCAAAUGUUGCUUUCCGGCUACCAUAUCAGCAGGCGACUUCCAGCGGUUUCCGAAACUCAGUGGCUGCAUCGACGUAGGCUUUUCUGGCACGCCUACUGUUUCGACAAUGACCUCGCAUUGCGACUUGGCAAGCCCCCAAUUAUUAAUGAUAGUCAAAUUGUUGACUUGCCUGACGAAAUUUCGAUUGACGGCCGAGACAUGAGAAGUUUUAACGGUCAAUCUUUCAACUUUCUCAGGGCAUCCGUCUCCAUGGCCAAACUUCAGAAUAAAACAUACACCCUCCUUUAUUCUGACAAACGUGCAAGUCAGCCAGCCGAAGAACUCUACGCCAGUAUUGACGAACUUGACGAGAAACUUCAAGGGUGGAAGGAAAAUAUCCCUGAAAUCUACAAACCUCAAAACCUGUUGAGCCAUUCUGAUUACAGUCCCCUGAUUUGCAUUACUGUUCUUCAUUAUACCUACUACCAGUUGACAAUCGCCAUUCAUGCCGUGGUAUUUGGUGGCAUUGGAUCAAAUCGGUGCGUGAGUGAUGCUGCACCACCGGAGAGAAUCAUGUCAAGCGUGGCUUUGUGCGUUGGAGCUGCUCGGGCGUCAAUCUCGCUGCUCAAUUAUCAUGACAAUACCCAUCCUUUCACAGUUUUUCUCAUAAACCACGUCUCUUGGAGUGUCGAUAUCCUAUUCAUGAACAUCCUUCACAAUAAAGCAAGUCCUCGAGUCUAUGAGGAUCUCGAAUUAUUAGAGAUGAUUCUCAAAUUCUACGAGAAGUAUGAUUCGAAUCGCGCAAAUACCACGUCCUAUCAAAUUACCAGAGCGCUGUAUCACAUUGCGUCCAGAGCUGUCAGGAUUGCCCAGGGUCAAGCCCAGGUCCCGGCUGACCAGAAUACAUUGCCACCGUCUGCUGGCUUCCAAGAUGUGGCUGCCCCACCAUUACCCAAACCGCCAGCGGCUUAUUCAACGAGCGUAGCCGCUCCCAUACAAGAGCAGAUACGUGUGCCACCAAAUGUAGACCAAUUGCCUUGGCCUACUAACAAUGGGUUGGAAAAUAUGACAUACCUAAAUCGCGAAUGGAUAAUGCCAAUGGGCUUUCAGCCAGAGUACUGGCAAGAUCCGUGGGCAAAUGUCUUUCAGGAUCCCGAUAUGUCAGAUCUGAGCUUGCAAUCAGGAGAAAUCCAACAAGGACUGUGA